AUGGCGCCUCUGAAAACUCUGAGAAGAGCUAUAAGGGCGACACUACCCCAAUUUCAUCACACACUCCUUUCCGCUUCCCCCUCGAGAACCUCCAAACCUCACCAUCCCGGUAUAAUCCACUCAGAUCAACAUAGAGGCGACACUCUCUUUUCUUUUACCUCUGGGCGCUGGCUAUGGGACGAGGCAGCCCAGCUUCGUAAACGGUACCAGCCCUUCAAUGUCGAGGAACUCAAACAAACAGCGGCCAGAUCAGUUAAUGCGGAAUUCUGCGUCAAAAUAACAAAAUUACCCGAAGGGUCAUACAACAAAACCUUUCUAUUGACAAUGGAUAAUGACGUCCAGGUCAUUGCGAAAAUCCCCAAUCCUUACAUCCCUCAGAACUUCGUUACAGUCAGCGAAGUUGCCACGCUUGACUUUCUUCGUAGCGAGCUCGGUAUACCUGUCCCGCGAGUCUUUGCUUGGAGCAGCAAGAAAGACCAGCCUGUGGGAGUCGAAUAUAUCAUCAUGGAAAAAGCUGCUGGUAAUGAGUUGAGCAAAAGUUGGCCCACUAUGGAUAUAUCGGAUAAGGUGGACAUUGUGUCUCAGUUGGCGAAUAUUCAAGCCAAAAUAGCCGCUGUCGACUUCGGUUAUUAUGGAAGCUUGUUCUAUAGAGAGGAUAUUGAAGGUGGCAUCAAUGUCCCUGGAGUAGCUGAUCAGUUUUGCAUCGGCCCCAGCUGUGAUAUACGAUUUUGGGAGGAGGAGAGGAGAUUCAUGAGCGCGUUUAGGGGCCCUUGGUCAUCGUCCGGGGCGUAUGCGAUAGAUAUCACCAGGCGAGAGAAAGAAUGGAUCACCCGGUUUGCAAAUCCUCGUCAUCCAGCAGACCCCUUGAGACAGUCAGAUAGACAAGAGUCUCCUGAUUGUCACAUUGAACUCCUCGACAAGUAUCUGAAAGUUGUGCCUCAUUUGAUACCAUCACAUCCAGGUCAAAAUCGGUCUGUACUUUGGCACUCUGAUUUACACUUUGGGAAUAUAUUUGUAAAGGAAAAUCAGAUUGUCAGCAUCAUUGAUUGGCAAGGCUGCUCAAGUCUUCCCGCUUUUCACGCGUGCAGGAUACCAAAAUUCCUGAAAAUUCAUGGGCCCUUGCUUUUCGACCUUCCCUCAGCCACAGGCCUCACGCCACAAGAAAAAGAGGAAAAUUUACGGAGAUACCAGCUUACACAACUACACAGGCUCUAUAUUUCCAAAUUCUGCGAAAUUGACAAUGACGUCUUCUCUGCUCUGUCAUUUCCUCAAGCUUUAACGCGACAACAGCUCAUCGAUUUUUCAGGGUACACAUGGGAUGACGAUGGAUUGUUUUUGUUUCGAGAGAUGAUGCUUCGAACAUGGCGCGAAUGGAUGGAAUUAACUGGCCAGCCACAGUCCUCUUGUCCUGUGACAUUCGGCGCCGAUGAGCUUGCGUCUCAUGUUGCCGAAGGGAAGAGCUGGGAAGAUCACAGGGAUCUCUUUGGCGCCCUUGGAGUCCCCAGUGACGGCUGGGUACAUCUUGAAGAUUUCGAGGCGAAGGUGGAAACCAUGCGUAAUCUAGUAAGUUCGGUCAUAGACGCCGCGGGUGACAAGGAUGGCGUAAAAGACGCACUAAGAGCUUGGAAACUGUCGGAGUCGGGGCCUGCCAGCCUAUCGGGUAAUCUGAUGGAUAUCUAG